AUGGUCUGUGUCGAUAUUCUUAAAUAAUACAAUCCUUAACAAUAAGGAAAGGUUUAUAUGAAGUAGGAUAGGUACCUUAAGAAACGAGUAUUAUAAUUGGACGGAAAUAUGAAUACAGUUGCUUAAUUAACGAUCCCUGUCAAUUUAAGAUUAAAUUAUGUAAUAAAUAACAUUUAUAGUAGCUUCACUUUUAGAUUUAAGUUCCCUCUACAGGUGUGUUUGUUAUAUCCAUAAACUAUUAAAAUAAAGGGUUGAAUUAUAAAGUUUCAAUCAGUAAUGUAAUUUGAAUUAUUUAUAAUGAAGUUGUUUAAAUAAGUUUCUUAUCCUCAUGAAAAUUAAAUCAAUUAGCCUUGUGAAGGAUUACCAAAUUGGGGCACAAUUGUUGUGGAUUUGAAAAGCUUCUAUGCUUUUACAGAGAUUACAUAAUUAAAUAUUAGUGGGAAUAUUGCUGUUAAAAAUAUUUAUAAUACAAAUGAAGAAUAAUUACUACCAACAGAUUGUCAAUUAAGUAGUGUUCAUCGUAUUUUAAUUAAACAUGUAAAACCUAAAUUAGCGCCAUUAAAAGGUAUUUUAAAACCCAAAGGCAAAAAGUAAGAAUAAGCACCUUUGGAAGAAAUACCUUUACCACAAGAAAGAGUAUCUCCUAUGAAAUAAGAUAUAAGAGAACCAAUAAUUGAGGAAUAAGAAAUUUAAAACAAAAGCAAACCUUAAUCAUUAAUGAAAUUAAAACAUAUACAUGGAUACACACCUAAACAUUAAGCAAAUUUAAUAUUUUUAGAUGAUAAUUAUUUUGCUUUUCCAUGUGAUAAAACAAUAGUUAUAAUGUCAGAAAAAGAAUAGAAAUUUUGUUCAGGAACAAGUGAAAUAUAAUCAAUAACAAAAAAUAAAAAUGAAUUAAUAGCUGCUUGUGAUUCUGAAAUUUUAACUUUUGAUUAUACAACUUGUUAAAAGCUUAGUCACUAUAAAUUAGAAGGAUAUAAAGCAAAAUUUAUUUAGAAUUAAGAUGAUAUGUUGAUUGUUUUAGCAAAUGAUGAAAAGCAUUAAAUUUUAUUAUUGAUAAGAAAUGAAUCGAUAGUUAUAAAAUAAGCAUCUCCAUUUCAUAUAUAAACAUUUAAGAUUCAAGAUAAGGAUAAUUUUAUAUCAGUAGGUAAGGAGAAUCUCAGAUAUUGGCAUAUAAAGGAUACAUGUCUUUAAGGUCAUUCUCCAUAUUUGGGAUAGUAUGCAAGAGAAACUGAUUUUACAGAUGUAUUGAUACAAGAUAAAAGAGUCUUAGGUUGUUGUAAAAGAGGUCGAGUUUUUUAAUUUAUAGAAAAGGAAUUAACUGGAGUAUGGUAGAUCUCUGAAUCAGGAAUUACUUCAAUGAAUAAAUUUACAUCUCAUGUAGUAACAACUCAUAAAGAUGGUAUUAAACUUUGGAAGUAAGACUUUAGCGAACUUGUGAGAGAUAUCAAAUGCGAAGUGGAAGUGAUUGGUUGUGAUAGUAGAUAAAAAUUAUUAUGUGCAUUUAGAGAUAAAUCAAUAGGUAUUGUUGAUGACAAAACUAUUAAAUAUUUAGUACAUUCUCAUCAAUAAAACAUUUUGGAUCUUAUUGUGGUCUAAGAUAAAAUAGUUUCAUCAGCUAUGGAUCAUGAAAUUAAAAUUUGGAAUAAAAAUCUAUCUCUCGAAUAUUAAUUCAGGUGUCUUGAUGGUCUAGCAUCAUCCUUAUGUGCUUUAUCAACAAAACCUUAAUUUAUAGCUGGCUUUGAUAACGGCUAUAUUAGAGUUUUUGAAUUAUCAACCUAUACUGUUAUCUUAGAAAUUGAUACUAAACAUCCUAUUUUGGCUAUGAGUGGAAAUUAAAAUGAUACAUUAUUUCUAAUAACUCAUGAAAAUGAGACUCUUAUCCUAAAUAAUAAAUUACUCAUUAUCAAACAACAUCAACAUUAAAUUAAAUACAAUUAAAAUCACUAACUUAUUGCUUUUAAUGGAUUUUUUAAUGAAUUUUAUUAUAUUGCAAGUAGUUUCCAUAUUAAAUUAUAUUCAUGUGAUCAUCUAACAGAAAAAUAUCACUUGAAUAUUCCAAUCAGUUCUAUAGAUUGUAAUGAUGAGCAUCUUCAUAUUGUAAGUAAUGGUAACAUCAAAAGAUUUGAUAAAUAAUUAAACUUUCUAUAAGAGUUGAUAUCAAAUAGUACCUAUAUUAAAAGUUGUAAUAAUUAUAUUUUUAACGCUAACAACAAAGAUUAGUUGAUUAUAUAUGAUUACAUGUUUACAAGUGAUGAAGCUGGUAAUCCUAUUAAAUAAAUUUAUCAAUAAAAAAUCAAAAAAUUGGUUAUUUCAUCAUAAAUUAUAAGUUUUGUUGAUGAUUUUAUAUUUAUUUGGGAUACAAAUGGAUUACAUUAAACAAUGUUAACUCAUCCAAUCGAUAAACCAUACAUAAACUAAUUAAUUGAUGUUAUACAGGAAUCAAUGAGUCCUCACAAACAAAAAUUAGAAAAAGAAAAAAACAUAUAAUAAGGAAAAGAAAAUAAAAAAAAUAAAUAGCAAAAAUAACAACAAAUUUAAUAAUAAUAAUAAUAACAAUAAUAAUAAUAGACUUAAUAAUAAAUUAGCCCAAAAUCAUCUCCUAAAGCUGCCAUUCCUAAUUAGCAUUUAAAUAUUUAAAAUUAAAAUAAAUAAUUAAUAAUAGAUGAAUAGUAAUUGCCAAAAUUAAAAAUUAAAAAAGUUAUAGGGUAUAGAUUUAGUGAUACAUAUAUUUAAUAAUUUCCAUGGAACAAAGAAGAAUAAUUUUAUGUUUUACCAUCAGAAUAAUUUAUUGCAAUAAAUUACUAUACCAAAUAAAAAUAAUAGCUAAUUUUAACUUCAUAAAUCUAAGCCAUACAUUACAGCAUAAAAGGGAUAAUCGUAUUGCUUAAACAAUAAGUUUUAGUUUUUGAUUUGAAAAUGGAUUUGAUCAAAUAAUUUGAUUAUGCAGGCUAAUUAGUCUGUUCUACAGUUUCUCCUUGUGGGAACUAUCUACUUAUGAUAAAUGAGAGUAGGAUUUAGAUAUAUAUAUUGAGUAGUGGAAGGAUUUUGACUUAGACUAUCAUACAAUAUGGAAAUGGUAAUAUUUAUACAGAUUGGUGUAGUGAUUAAGAUUUAAUGUUUGUGACUUUAAGUGGAAUAUAAAAUUAACUCUGGAGAGUAAACUAAAAAGCCUUAUUAGAAUAUUGCGAUUUGGACAUAUAACCAACUUACUAUUAGAGCAGUGGAUAUUAUAAAUAGUCUUUGGUAGUUUCACAAGGACAAAAAAUUCACCAUAUCGAUAUUAAAUAAGCUCGUACUCUUUUAACAGUUGAAAAUGCUGCUUCUCAGGAUAUUACGCAAGUAGUAUGUACCAAAGAGUAUAUUUUGUUAUUCACAAACUCCCCAAAUAUAUAUAUAUAUACUUAUCAAUUUAACGAUAAGCAUAUAAUAUCUUUAGAUAGUAUUCCAUUAGGAUAUUCAAAUAUAUUUUAACAGGAUAUAAUAGUUGCGACAAGAUCCUAGGUUUGGUUUGUAGAUAUUCAAUCAAGAACUACCGUAAAAAUUGAGCCAAACAUACCAUAAGAACAUAAAAUAUUAUGCACAAAUUAGGAUAUUCUAGGUACAUCAGAAGGUGCCAUGAUGAUUAACAAUGAUGAAAUUUUAGUACCAAAAAGAUAAUGUUUGCACAUUUCAUAUUAUAAGAAUUGUAUAAUAGCUGGAUACUCAGAUGGUUAUUGCAGAUUGUUUAAAGAUUUCUAAUUGAUUGGUUAAAUCUAAGUAGGAAAGUGCGUGACUUCUUUAAUAGCAAAUUCUAAAAGUUACUUUGUAGUUGGUAACGAAUUAGGCUAGUUAUUUUAUUGCACUGGUUUGAAUGAGAUUAAAAUGCAUGAAAUAGUUAAAGAAAGAGGAGACUUUGCUAUCGUCUCUACUGAUAUAAAAGACAAAUAAAUUGCAUAUAGUACUGGAAAUUAAAAAGUUUAAAUAAUGCAUUACAAAGAAAAAGAAGAAUUUAUUAUUAAGAAAGCUACUAAUAUGAUUGAUGAUACUCCUGAGUAUUAUUUAAUGGAUAGUUAUCGAUUUAGAUCAAUUGAAUAAUGCUAUAUACAAUUUAGUAAAACUAACCAAGAAUAAAUUAUAAUGAUGUGCUCCUAAAUUGUGAUUCGAAAUUACAUUGAACAUUUAAAUAUCAUCACAAUAGAAUGUAAUGGAAUUUCGUUUAUGCAAUUUAAUUAAUAUUUAAUUGUUGGUAGAAAAGAUGGGACAGUAAGUAUGUAUGAUAAUGAAAUUGAAUUAGAUAAAGUUCACUUAUCCUCUUUUCCUAUUCAUAUGAUGCAGCAUGACAAAAUUGCAUAUGGAAACAUGGUUUGUGAAUUAAUAUAAUGA